AUCUGAGACACUCACGUGAUAUAGAUCACAGGUAAGCUUCUCCCACGAUUUUGCUCACGUGAUUGAAAUCCUGGAAACCAUCGGAAUUUCUCCCCCUCCUGCAGGUAACCCAUUAGUAAUCUCACUGUGGCGAUCUCCGCCACCACCGUUGGAAUCUACUAUUAAGCAGCCUGUCUACCCCGAAACCUCAAGGAAUCACUUUUCACCACUUCAAGAAUCACUCUUCUGGGAACACAGCUAACCAUCCAAACCGCAACGAAUUUCUCCAUGUCCAUCGCAGCAUCUGCAGUCACCUUUUUGGGCCAACAGGCCGACCUCUCCAACCUCAAGCUGGCCAACUAUACCAUCGAUCCUUCGGCCAUUGGCGCCAAAGAAGUCGUUCUCCGUGCCAUUGCCGCUCCCAUUAACCCCUCGGACGUGCUCCAGGCUCGUGGCGGCUACGUGCCCCCUCCCUACCUCCACGACUUAGACGCCAACACCAAACAAGUGUACGUGGGCGGCAACGAAGGUGUGUUUGAAGUCACUCACGUUGGAUCAGACGUCACUUCCGUCCAGCCUGGUGAUCGUGUUAUUCCAUCCCUCUCUGGCUUUGGUACUUGGAGAACUGCGCUAGUAGCAGCCAUUGACGACCCCAGAAAAACCGCUGGCGGCAAGGUCGACGCUUUCGUCAAGGUGCCUGCUGACCUCAAGGAAGCUGAGGCUGCCACGUUGACCAUCAAUCCUGCCACUGCGUACCAGAUCUUCCACAACUACCACAAGUUGGAGGCUGGCGACUGGAUUGUCCAGAACGCAGGCACUUCGCAGGUCAGCCAGUAUAUCACACAAUUGGCCAAGAGCAGAGGCGUCAAGACUUUGUCGGUGGUGCGGGACGGCAAAUCUAAGGCAGAGUUGGACAAGCUCUACGAAUUGGGUGCCACCAGCGUGAUCGAUGAGUCCACUUUGUUGAGCAGCGACUUUGCAGCCAAGUUGAAGGAAAUCGUGGGUGACGGUCACGUGAGACUCGCUCUCAACAGUGUGGGAGGUGCCACUGCCUCGGCACUCUUUGGUGCCGUGGGCCAGGACGGGUACUUUAUCAGCUACGGAGCCUCCUCCGGUGAUCCCCAAGUCACUAUCAACACCAGCCAGCAGUUGGUCAAUAACAUCUCGGUGGUUCCCUACUGGUUGACUGGUAACUCCAAGCGCGACCCCCAGUCGCGGAUUGACACCGUCAAGGAGGUGAUCAAGUUGUACGAGCAGGGCGUGUUCCGGAUCCCCGAUGUCCAGGAGAUCAAGCUUGAUGGUGAUAUCGCCAGCUUUUUCGUCAAGGCCAUCCAGAGCCCUGGAAAGAAGGUGGUGCUCUUUGAUUAGGUA